AUGGCCUCCUCAAGCUCUGAACCUACUGCUAUGCAAAAAUGGAUUGAUUCUGAGACGAAUAAACCCAAUUUCGCGCGGCAUGGUCAAGAGAAUCUCGAAGCUCGCACUGUUGCGGCAUCGGAGCUCUUUGUCGAAGGUUUUUACCGUACGAUGAAGGCAGCCUCUGAUGCAUUGGGCGUGCCGUACAAGCGCCUGAGAUCACGCAUUCAAGGGCAUCAUCCAGUUUCUGAGAAUGGCGGGAAUGCUACGCUACUGGGGUCGGAAGAAGAGCAAGAAGUGCUUUGCUGGGCACAUCGCCGCAUCGCUCAGGGGCACCAUAUCCAGGGGCGCGCCCUUCAACAACACGCCAACGCCAUUCUGAAGGCAAAAGGCUGGGGAGGCACGGCAUCACAGAAAUGGGCCCAGCGUUUCAUGAAGCGAUGGGGACGGUAUUUCCAUCGCCGGAAAGCAGCUUCACGAGACGUUAAGCGAAAGGCGAUGCAAGACCGAGCUUGUGUCGAGGCAUUCUUCCAAGACUGGUCGAAUUUCAUCACGAGGCACGAUAUCCGGCGCGAAAAUAUCUGGAAUUUUGACGAGACGGGCUUCAUGGUUGGCUAUCUAAAUAAGGGCACCUUCCUCUGGACUUUUAACGACAUUGAGAAGCCCGUUCUUUCGGAUUCUCACGAGACUGUCUCUGUAACCGCGAUUGAAGCUAUAUCUGUUGCAGGGACGAGUAUUCCCUCGUUCCUGGUCCUCCCAGGAGUUCAGAUUCCUGUUAGAUGGGUUGAGAAUGCACUGGACGGCGAUACAGUCAUUGCAAUGAGCCCAAAGGGGUAUACUAAUGAUAUCAUCGCCAUCGAAUGGGCAGAACAUUUCGAGCGACUGACACGGCCUUCAAACCCGGGGGAAACACGCGUUCUUUUGGUGGAUGGCUGCGAUAACCACCAUACUAGUGAAAUCGUGCAUUUUUGUCACGAUCACGAUAUCGAGCUCUUCCCGUACCAUCUUCAAGAGAUUCGCAAUCGAACGUUCAAGAAGCAUACGAUCCUCUCGGCGUGGGAGAAGUGCGGUCUUUUCCCACACAAGCCGUCGAUGGUUCUCGAUAACCUCCAAGAUGCGUUAUCAUCGCUUACGAAAGAAGUAGAUAAGCGAGAUCUUCCCGGCUUCAUCCAGGAAGGCAACUUCGACCAAGUAAUCGAACCCUCCACGCCUCAACGAUCGCCGCAAGGCUUGACGAGCGGAACGCCCCCGACGAUCCGCCAAAUCGAUUGGAAUAGCGUCACUACACCAAAACUCGAUCUCUCCGUCAUUCGACGAUAUAAUGACUACGUGAACCUGCGAUUGGAAGUCUCUAUUCUUUCCGAGGUGCCGCUGACGCCGUCAGUCUCGCACGUACAUUUAAAGGCACGCAAGGCUGCGAAUACCCUCGCUCUCAAUGGCAUUAUAGCUACAGAUGAGAUGCGCCGUGUUAAGGAAAAGCAGCUUAGCCGCGCGGCCCUCAAGGAGAAGACACGAGUUAUAGGGAAAUACGGCCCUUGA